GAUUUGUCGGAUUUUACGACAGUUUCCAGCCCGCCCGGUUUGCGGCAUCCAUCAGAUCCAUCAUGGCGGCGCUUCACGAUCCGGACAAGCAACCGCGCCGAGGAAUUCUCAAGAAAACUUCGAGUAAAGGAAGUUUCGACGCCCCGCCCGAGUUCAGGACGCCCGUGCCGGAAGCCCAGCCCAGUCAGCGACGCCGGAGGCCGCCUCCGCUCUAUAUCCCAAAGCCAAGACAGACUGAGGGUAACAUCAAGUGGGAUGAGAUGAACAUCCUGGCGACGUAUCACCCCCCAGACAAGGACUAUGGACACAUGAAGGUGGAGGAGCCCAAGACACCCUACAACUACAUGGAUGAGGAGGAUGGGCCUGAUUUGGACCCGGAUGCACUCAGUCAGAAAAUGAUGGAAGGAAAGAAGCCGAAGGUGGUGGCCAGACUGGAGGAGGCAGAAGAAGAGGAAGAGGAGAGUGAAGAGGAGGAGGAAAAUCUUACUGAAGAAGAAAAAGCUAAGAAAGACGACUUUGAAGAGAAAAGAAAACAGCACUACAACGAGUUUUACGCCGUGCAGCUGGCAAGAAAGCUGAUGGAAGAAGACUCAGAAGAAGAUUCAGAAGAAGAGAAGUCCGAGGAAUCUCCUAUGGAAGAGCAGUCGGAAUCCCAGCAUCUGGAAGACGAAAGAAUGGAAUUGGCGGAUAAUUCUAGAGGCUCAGUAGUAGAGCGCGAUACGAAUCACUCCGUUUUGGCGGAGGCUCGCAAAGACGAUGAAAAUGUAGAAAUUCUAGUAUAGUGAGAGUACUGGAAGUAUGUUUAUACCCACGUAGUGUAUUUUCAUUACAAUGUCAUGAUACGACUGUUUGUAAGAUAGAUAUUUAACAUUGAAUGUGUUAAGAUAUAGCUGCUGCAUUGGAAGAGUACUUAAUAUCUUCUUGAAGAUUACUUUCUGUUCCUGAAAGUUUAACUUAAUUUCAGUUCCAGGAACUCUUGAAAUAUUGUUCAUUUCUUACCAUGUCUAGUUGCUUGAGUAACUAUUAGUUGGUGUUGUUCUUUUCAUGUAUUCAAAAAGACUGAAUGAAAAUAAUUUUGUAUGAUCCUUAUUU